AUGUAAUCCACUUAGCAAUAGAUCUUUUAUGGAGUAACUGCUAUUUCUUGUGCUUAUUUGUUAUAUUCUAUCGCAAGAGAAAAAACUUCAAAAAAAAAAAACAACAAAAAAUAACUCAAUAAAACUCAUGAUUAUACUUUUGGAACAAAAUAAUGGCUUAUUUCUCAUUUUGAUCGGAACACUUCAACUCUUGAUAAUUCAAAUUUCAAAAAUAAGACUAAUGGUUAAAGAAUUGAGUUAGAAAAUAAAAAAUAGAAAUAACUCAAUAAAAACUUCAAUUUAACAUCCUCCAAAGGAGCUAAAAUACCUUAAAUUGAAUAAUCUAAUCAUUUCAUCGAAAAUUUGAACUAAAUAUCUGACGAAGAAGAUUAAUUAUUUUUUAAACUUGGUCUUCGACUAUUAAAUGGUGUAUAAAGUUGA